AAAAAAUCUGUCUUAAAAUUAAUCACUAGUAACUAUCCCCGCCAAGAUAUUUUUACGAAACAAGAAUCAUAUGAUAAAGAAGAGUACAUCUGUAAAACAUGUCACUCGAAAAUGAUACCAGGGAAAGUUCCAUGUCAAGCAGUUGUAAACAACUUGGAUAUUGAUGACAUUCCAACAGAACUGAAUUCACUUUAAAACUACAACAAAUUUUAAUAGCACAGCUUAUAGUAUUUGAAAAGAUUGUUGUUAUGCCUAAAGGACAACAAAAAGAAAAUUAAAGGAGCAAUUUGUAAUGUACCAGUUGAAUGUGAUCAGACAUGUAGCAUAUUACCUUGGCGACCAGAAAGUUCCGGAAUAAUUCUCCAAAAAUUAAAAAGAAACUGCAGUUCCAAGGACAUGUUUAUUUUGAAGCAGUAAGGCCGGAAACCGUAAUGACAGCAUUAAGAUGGUUGGAAGCUAGCAAUCCUUUAUACAAAGAUGUAGAGAUAAAUUGUUCAAAUAUUGGUCUGGAUCUUACAAAUAUAGCUAGUGACAAUGAA